AUGUUCGUGCGAGCUUUUGUCGUCAUGAAUCUCGUCCAUUCAAUACUCAUAGCUACUCUGAUGGUUUGUUUUAAAAAAGAUUUUUCUUCAUCUCAAUUUCCCAUUUCUUUUUUUUCAUAAAUCAAUCUAUUUUGUUCUUAACUCAAUAGCACUUCAAAAGGGCUAGUAUAAGCUGAUAAUCUUUUGAUUUCUAGGAAGUCAGAAGACAUGAUUCAAAGUGGUUGUGGCUCAUUGAAAUUAACAGAAAAACGGAGAAAUCAAAGCUCAGAAGCGACUAAUUAACAAGGCAAUCAAAACAAUUAGUUUCUCGAAAUCAUCAAAGUUUUUUUUCAAAGUUUAUUGAGCCGAAAAUGGGAUUUUAGGACAUUGUCUUCACACUAGAAAACUAAGUUUAAAACAGCGACUUUUGCUGAUAAUAAUUAAAACUUUUCUAAAAGCGGCUAGCUUCAAAUUAAUGAGCCCACAAGCACAUACGUUGAUAAAAUUGAAAAAGAAACCGAAUUUCAGUCAACUCACCUGAUAAUGUGGCGAGUUUUGAAGCCGUGCGACGCGGUUCUUCCGGGUCUCGCCUGCUUUGCCUUCAGAUUCCCGAACAACUUUUGCUCCAUGUAAGCAAAUCUUCGAUUUUUCAGCGCACCUGAAAAUGUUUGAAAACCUUUAGAAUAAAACGAAAAAGCUUCAAAAAUCCUGGAAUUAUUUUUGUCAGAAUAAAAAAUCUUUUAAUUUACAAGGGAGGUAAUUUCAAAUUGGGGUCGAGAUUUCCCUGAAAAUAAGUCAGAGCACCCUUGGAAGUAUGAAACGAAGAUUUUAUAAAUCUUAACCUGCACAAGUUCCUUGUUUUUAAGAAUAGAUACUUCUAAGUCAGAGCCAACCAUCAAAGCCCGUUAAAAUAGGAUAUGUUCGUGCUUUGAUCUCUUUUUUCUCGAAAACUAAUAAGUUGGGCAGGUUGAGAUUUUCCGGAUAUACUUUUGGUACAUAAAUAACUGCUUUGGCCAAUUUUAAACAAAUUCUCAACCGCAAAGUAAAAUUAACUCAUUGUUAUAAACAUUUUCAGUCGUUUUCUUCUCAUUUAAACGCAAUCAGGAAACAAAAGCUUAUUUUUUUCAGAAUGGACACACUUCUCCACUGCGGGGUGAUUGUUGAAAGGUCGUUGGCCACAUUUCGGACCAAGUCUUACAGAAGUUAUGGCCAGAGAAGUGGCGUUUUGUUAUUAGUUGUCCUGGUGAGCCUUUAUUAUUUUUGAAACACUAAGAGAGAGGAAAUUUAGGAAAAUAAUAAAAUUUAUUGCAGAGCGUACUCGGUUUCUUGGCCUCUUCUUUUGCUCAACGAAAUUUUCCGAUGGGAGUUUCAUCGAUCUACUGUUCUGGGGCACCCAAUGAGACGAUCGCCGACAUGACGAUUGUUAAUUUGUCUCUGGCCGUUUUCGAAGUUUUAGUGUUCGCCUACACGACACUUCUGUAUUUCAUCAACGUGAGAAGGCUCAAAGAGUGAGUUCGAUGCGAAAUUUGAAUUUUUAUGAUUCAUAUAGGCAAAAAUACGACGAUCUCCAACGGAAGAGCCAAAUGACGGAAAAUUGCGAGGCUUUUCAGCUUCUCUUGCCGCUUUUCGUAUUCCACUUAAUGUUCAGCAUCAGUCACAGCAUCGCCACUUUUUUACUGGCAACUUUCCGCAAAAUAAUCACCGAUGAUUCGAAUUUUCGCGCUUUUGUCGCAUCCCUCUAUGUAAGUCUUCAUCUUUUUUUAAAAAUGAAAUAAAAAAAUUCCCAUUUCAUCAUUUUAAAACUAAACUGUUUCAAAAAUAUCCAUUCAGAUCAUUCCCUUCUAUACGUUCGUUUCACCAUUGAUCGUACAAAGAAUCAUAAUAAAAGGCGCCACCCGAAGAAAGGAAAAGCUCAAAACGAUUUUGAAGAAGCCAGACAACCAAGAUGAAGUUUAUUUCGGCAUGUACAUGGAGCAAUGGAAAUGA